UGCUUAUGUGAAUUAGUCUUUAGAGCCUUCAAGAUAUAUCGAUAAAUGUGUACAUCUCCUCCAGCAAGCCUACGCAAAUCAAAAUAACAACACGUGCAUUGUCAAAUUUUCAUUUUGAGACAUCAGUAUCUGAUAAUUCUUUCAAAUAAUUAAAACAAUGUCUUCUACGGAAAGUGAAGAAUCCGAAAUGGAAGUCCACACAGAUAACGAAGAAGACCAACAAGUGCCAGAUUUGGAUGCAAGUGACACCGAAUCAGAUGAACUAAGUGAAGGCGCUGAGCCUGAGGAGGAUUUGGAUGAUGAACCUGCUAAGAAAAAAUCUCUUGAAGAUCGAGUUGCUGAAGAUAUUACUAAAAAAUAUUCUGAGCGGCAGGGUAAACAAUUGUAUAUAAGAUUUCCGCAUAAGCUGCCAGAAGAUGAAGAUGAUUUUCAGAAAGAAGUCAAAGCUUUAUCGCCUCUAAUAACAAAGGGGCAUAAACCGCGACAAAAGUAUGCACGUUUUUGUUUAAUCGAUUUUGAUUCACGAGAUGAUCGCGAUACAGCAUUAAAAGCGAUAAAAACGGCAGCAAAGAACGGUGGCACCAAAGUGGUGGUAUCAAUACCACGCACCGAGAAUGCGGAAUUCGUGCAAGAGCUUGUGCAACGAAAAGUCAAUACUUUGGAGAAGAAAAAAGCUAAAGCGCGCUUACGACGGGCAAGUAAAUUAGCUUUGCGCUCCAAAAACUUUUCAUCAUCAAUUGUUAUAACAAACCUGCCACAAAGUGCCUCGGUGGGAGAGGUGCGUCGAUUAUACCCAUCAGCGGUAGAUGUACAAAUAAAACCACGCAAAGGAAAAUUGGUGGCAGCAAGCAUAGCCACAAUUACAUUGCCCUCAACCUUGGAAGCGCGUGCAGCUGUGAAAAAGAAGCAGUCGUUGGGCGGAACGGAACUGAUAGUACGUUUCGAUACACAUCAUAUGAAGAAAGCGGGUGGCAAAACAAAGAGCAAUGUUAAACGAAAAGAAUUUCAGAAGAAUGUGGGACCAAAAGAGAAGAUAAUAAAAGUGAUUGAAUAAAUAAAUGUGUUUUUUUUUUAUAUCAAAA